AUGAAAACUACUUCUUCUAAGGUUCUGAAUACCGUUUUCUUAGUGUUAGUAGGUUUGGGAGUGUGUUGUGCUGCUAGAACACUCCUCACUCUAGAUGCCGAUGUAAGCAUUGGUGGUGUUAUCCAUGCUGGGGGCGGUGGAGGAGGUGAAGGCGGAGGUGGAGGUGUAGCUGAUGGUGGUUAUGGAGGAGGGGCAGGCAAAGGAGGUGGUGAAGGUGGGGCACAUGGGGGUGGCUAUGCUGGUGGUGGAGGAGGUGGAAGUGGAGGAGGAGGAGGUGGUGGUGCAGGAGGUGCAGCUGGUGGUUAUGGAGAAGGUGCCGGUAAAGGUGGAGGUGAGGGCUAUGGUGAAGGUGGAGCACCUGGGGGUGGUGGUGGCGGUGGUAGUGGAGGAGGAGGUGGUGGUGGUGCAGGAGGUGCAGCUGGUGGAUAUGGAGGUGGUGCUGGUAAAGGAGGAGGUGAGGGAUAUGGUGAAGGUGGAGCACAUGGGGGUGGUGGUGGUGGUGGUAAUGGAGGAGGAGGUGGUGGCGGUGCAGGUGGAGCUGGAGGUGGUUAUGGUGGUGGGGAAGGAGGAGGAGCUGGUGGUGGAUAUGGUGGAGCCGAUGGUGGGGGGCAAGGCGGAGGAGGUGGAGGUGGGGGUGGUGGAGGAGGUGGUGGCGGUGGAGCACACGGAGGUGGAUAUGGUGGUGGAGAGGGUGGUGGAGCUGGAGGAGGAUAUGGUGGUGGAGCAGCUGGUGGUGGUGGUGGAGGCGGCUCUGGUAGUGGCGGUGGUGGUGGCGGUGGUGGAAGUGCUCACGGGGGUGGAUAUGGAGGCGGUAGUGGCAGCGGCGAAGGUGGUGGACAUGGUGGAUAUUACCCCUAA